AGGCCAACAGCUGUUAAAAUAAUCACAAAGUUAUUAUUGUUGGCAUUUUCCCAACUAGAAAAUUGUUUAAAUAUCAGUGUAUAAUGCUUAAGACCUCAAUUAAAUAUGUAAAUGGUGCUGCACUCACAUAACUUGCCACAAACUGCAAUGGCUGCGCCAAUUGAGAAUGAGAACGAGAAUGAAUGCGCCAGCGAUUGGCAUCUUUGGUGUCGCCUCUGCGCCAAGGAUGAUCUUCAGGGCAACAUCAAUGUGUUCCUGAAAAACGAACACUCAGCGCCAGGCGGCGAGCGGGAUGGCGAUGCUCAGGAAGUUGCUGCAAUUGCACCAAUUGCCGACAUGGCUCUGGCCACAGCCAUUGGCAAAUAUUUUUGGGUGAAUAUAACACGCGGCGAGGAGCUGCCCGAGAUGAUAUGCAGCGAAUGCCUGACACUCGUCACCUCGCUGGUGAACUUCUCAGAGCGAAUAACGCGGGUGCAGAAACUCUAUUGCAUAUUGCAAAGCACACCCAAGCAGGAUGCGAUUAGCGUGCAGGAGUUGCGCGGCAGAUUUGGGCUGAUCGAGGAGGAGCAGCAGCUGCCGGAGCAGUCAGAGCCCGAGACGCUUACCGAGGUGCAUUAUGUGGAAGAGAAGCCCAAGCUGAAUGAAUUGGACGAGACGGUGUUGGAGCUGGAAAAUCCGCUCACGCCGGCUAGCAAAAUCGAAGAGAAGCCUACAACUGAAUCGGUGACAGCUGAAGCAGAAGUUGAGGAGGAACAAGUGCAGGAGGAUGAGGAGGAGGAGGAGGAAGCAGCAGCAGAAGCUGCAGAUGAGCAGCUGGAAUACGAAGAUGCGGGCACUGAGCUGCUUCUGAAUCUAUGCGAUGCAUACAGCAACGCGGACAGCAAUGAGGACAGCAACUCCUCCAGCCCGAAGCCCAAAUCCAAGGAGCGUGGCAAAGCGCAUCAGUGCAACGAGUGUCCACGUGCCUACGCUCUGCCCCAGACGCUGCAGCGGCACAUGCGUCAGUACCAUGACAAGAAGAGCACAGCGGACAUGAAGCUACUGUGCUGCGAGCAGUGCGAGAAACAGUUUCGCUCCCGCUACCAGCUGCAGCGGCACAUGCAACAGCAUCUGCCUAUGCCCAAGCGGAAGAUGUAUCCCUGCACCAGUUGCAGCAAGAAGUUCACAACGAAUGCCUCAGCGCAGUCGCAUGCCCAGUAUAUGCACCAGGAGGAGCGACCGCGUCCGGUCAUCUGUGAGCAGUGCGGCGUCGGGGUGCAUUCGCUGAAUGCACUCAAGGAGCACCUGUUGAGCCACACGGAUUACGCGCCGUACGAGUGCGAUGUGUGCAAGAAGUGCUUCAAGAGCUUGAGCCGUCUCAAGCAUCACAAGGAGACGCACGAUCCGCACAAGUACAUCUGUCCCGAGUGCGGCAUGCAACUGAACUCGCGACCCACUCUGAAUCGCCAUCGGCUGGUGCACACGGACCAGAUGCAGCACAAGUGCGACUAUUGCGGCAGGGAAUUCAAGCGGGCGAAAGCCCUCAAGAAUCAUCUCAUCCUGCACACCGGACUGAAGCCGUACUCCUGCGACUUUUGUGAUCGCACCUUUGCCAACGGCUCCAAUUGUCGCACACACAAAAAGAAGUCGCAUCCCGAGGAGCUAGCCGCCCAGGAAGCAGCCGGUGGCGCCAAAACCUACAAUCGCAAUAUACCCAAACUGGAGGCGUUAAAAGCAUUCACAAAGAACAAGGACAACUUGUCGCCGGUGGCCACCAAGCAGAGUGGCUGCUUCGCCUUUGGCAAGAAGCCCAAAGCGAUAAUCAAAUCCGAUGCCAGCAGCUCGUUGCAAUCGUCGUCGGUGCCCAGCGCAGCAGCAGCAGUUGGCAUUAUUCCCACCAUCGACAACAUCUACAAUCACAUUAUGAAGCCGCCGAUGGCAGCACAGCAGCAGCUGCUUGCCACCGAUGGCAGUGCAACAAUUCUCGCAACCCGACAGCCGGAGGAGCAGGCGGAAACUGCGAGUGCUCCACAGAUCUUUUCGUACUAAAUGCCGUUUUUUUGUUGGGCGUGCAUAUUUUUCGAAUAUUUGGGGGAGCUUGAGCAGGGCGCAUGUGCGGGCUGGUUGGAGUCACCCUCUUGUGUAUUGUGUGUGGUUGUUUGUUGGGGGUUGCGCGUAAAUGGCCAAUAUAUCCUUUAUGGAGGAAUUUAGUUCAGUUGACAGCGUGCGCUUCUCCUCGUGUCUGCUCCGAGUGGGGAAGAAUUUGUUUGCCUAGAUUUCUGAGUAAAUGCAUUAAAACACUAACUAAAAACGGCAAAACGAUGCAUGGCUAAAAACUAUGCAAAUUGCGAUGUGCUUCGUGCGCCAUUGUGCAUUCAAUAAAGUGUUUAAAACAUUAAACAUAAAAAAACCGAAACAAAUUUAAAUCUCUUUAAUUGCGAGCAGCAAAUCAAAAAGCCAAAAAAAAAAGUAAAAAAAAAAAUCGAUUUCUUGCCAAUGAAAACAAAGUGCAUUGAAGAGAGCGUAAUUAACGCACAUGCAGUGAGUACAAAUGUCGAGUGGCUUUACAAAAUAAAGCCGGGCUACAAGUGCUCAAGUGCUCAAAAGUUAUAAACAAAAUAAAAACAAACAAAUUGGCAACUGAAUCAAAUAGCCAAAAUCAAAACUCAAGCGAGUAGCAAGCAAGUCAAUCAAAAAGCCGCACAUACAGCAACCAAAGCGGACAAGCAGCUGCGCAACAAUUUAAAGCAGCUAAUCCAAUAAAAACUGGAGUGAAGCACUCUUUAACUUAAAGAAACCGAACUAAAGCAAUUUAAAUUUUAUUUUAAACAAUAUUUAGCAGCAGCUGGCUGAUGCGCCAGCCCUGGUUCUAGCACUUAACAGUACCAUUUCGAGUGAUACACAGCGCUUA